UGCAUCGAUGGAUCGCUCAUGAAUGAUGUAGGUGUUGUGAUUUUUUGUAAUCCACAUUCCACACUUCACUUUUUCUCGCCAAAAGCACACUAUCCGACUAUCGUCUUAAAACAAGUUCUUCCAGUGACAUUGAGAGCAGCUACGUGGUGGCCGGUGGAACGAACUAGCAGCUGUUCGACCGGUCUGUUAUCAUAAUUUACCAACGUUUUCGUUCGAGAUAACCACACACGUCUUGCCGUCUUGGUGUUAGCUGUUUGCUAAUGGAAAGUUAUAGCUUAGCUGUUUAGCACUCGGCAGUAUAGAUUAUAGAAUAGUUGCAGUUGCAGGUAGCAUGAUUGUAGUUGUUGCUUGAUUCGUUGAGUUUUUAAUUAAUUUAUUAUUUAUUUUUUAUAAUUUUAAUUCGAUUUUUAUUCAGAUAAUAUUAUUUCAAAAACACUUUAACACAAAAAUUAUCGGUACACAUUUUUUUAGCUAUUUUAAAGUAUUUAUUUUAUAAAAAUUAUAUAUUAUUGUCAAUUGUCAUUAACGUAAUGGACGGAUCAAAAAAAUUUGUAAGUCCUUUUUACCGACCCUGGAUGACAACGUAUGGAGCUGCUGCACCAGCUGGUGGAUCUAACAAGGGCUUGAAAGGCAUUGUUGCUGGUGGAAUUACUGGAGGUAUCGAAAUAUGUAUUACUUAUCCAACAGAAUAUGUAAAAACACAAAUUCAACUCGAUGAAAAAGCUGGUGCUAGAAAAUAUAAUGGAAUAAUGGAUUGUGUUAAGAAAACUGUAAAAAGCCAUGGUGUUUUUGGCUUAUAUCGUGGGCUUAGUGUGUUACUUUAUGGAUCUAUUCCAAAAUCAGCUGUUAGGUUUGGUGCAUUUGAAGCUCUCAGUACUCAAAUUGGUGGCAACGGAGAAUUAACAGCUACUCAAAGAGUGUUGUGUGGUCUUGGCGCUGGUGUGUCUGAAGCCAUACUUGCAGUCACCCCGAUGGAAACCGUGAAAGUGAAAUUUAUUAAUGAUCAAAGGCUGGAAAAACCUAGGUUCAAAGGUUUUUUCCAUGGGACCAGUAUUAUCAUCAGAGAACAAGGUAUUAGUGGUGUUUAUCAAGGAUUAAUGCCAACUAUAUUGAAACAAGGUACUAACCAAGCAAUUAGAUUUUAUGUAAUGGGUGCAUUAAAAAAUCUCUACAAGGGAGAUGAUCCUAACAAACCGGUACCUAAACUAUUGGUUGGAGUUUUUGGUAUGGCAGCAGGUGCCGCCAGUGUUUAUGGUAAUACACCAUUGGAUGUUGUUAAGACACGUAUGCAAGGACUAGAAGCACAUAAAUACAAGAGCACAGUUGACUGCAUGCUCCAAAUAUGGAAAAAAGAAGGACCUACAGCGUUUUACAAAGGAACUGUACCUCGACUUAGCAGAGUGUGUUUGGAUGUUGGUAUAACUUUCAUGAUUUAUGAUUCAUUCAUGGAUCUCUUCAAAAAAGUCUGGCCUUGAGUUAUCUAAUCAAAAAAAAAAAAUAUAUCAACAACUAUAUGAAAAUAUUAGUAAAAGUAAAAAGAACACUGUGCAACCUUAUCCCUUUUCUGGAUAAUCUCAGUUUACUGCACAUAUUUUUCACCUAAUUAUCAAUAUAUUAAUCAAUAUUCUGUCAACUAUACUUUUUAAAUGUUUUUUUUUAUUGCUCUAAUUUUAAAAUUAGAAUGAAAAAUUAAAAUCUUUUAAAUGUUGUUAUUUUUGUAAUAAAUUAUCAGGUAAAAAAUAAAUUAUUUUUAUUGGAAAUUUUUACAUUCCAAAAUGAAUAAGACGCACACAUUUUUUUGUAAUAAUUAUUUAAAUUGUUUUGUGUUUUUUUUUUUUUUUUUUUAGUUAAAAAAUUAUUAAUUGGUUAUUUUAGUUUUUCAUUAAACAAUUAAAAUGUUUGUGUUUUAUAUUAUAUAAUAUAUUUAGAUAUAUAUAUUUUUUUGAGAUAUAGUUUUUUCUUUGUGUUCACAAUAUUUAAAUUGUUGGGGUUUGUUUAUUUGUCUGUUAGUACUUAAGAUUUGAUGUUAUUAUUUUUUUUUUUUAUGGGAGCUGAAAAAUUAACAAUCGAUUAAUCAAGAAUAAUAUUUGCCAUUCAAUAAGGUUUAUGACAAUAAGUAGAGAUGUAUUGCAUUUUUACCUUUAUUUUAUCAAGAACAAGAUCUAUCUAUAUAUUUUUUAUAUACUGAGAACUUUGAAAACACAUUUAAACUAUUUAAUCUAGUCUAAAAAUAUAAUUUUAUAGAUUAUUUACAUUUUGAAUGUUUCGUACUCAUUUUGCCAUAAUUAUUUAAAUUUAUAGACUUCUGUAUGUAUAUUGAUUAUUGUUAUAAAUUUUUGUGUAUGAUAUAUUUUUGUCAUGUUUUGUAAGACUUGAAUAUGUUUAAAUAUAACAUAACAAAGUGUAUAACAAUACACUAUGUAUGUAUAGAGUGUAUCAUAGAUAUUUGAAAAUUUUAUAAUAAAAUGCUUUUAAACAUAUCACAUAUAUAUGAUACACUCUGUAUGUAAAAAAUAAAAAAAUAAUUAUUGAACAAUUAAAACACUGUUAAUAGUAUGAUUGAUAAAUAUACCUACAUUUAUUUUAGUUUUGUCAUAUUGUCGUACAACUUUUUAACAGAUUUUUAUAACUUAUGUGUAAUUUGUGUAUCCUAAUUCCUUACAUACAAUUCAAGUAUAAUAAUGCAUUUAUAAAAUUAAUCUGGGUUCUUAAUUUCUUUUUAAUUAGGUAUAUUUUUUUUUUAAGAAUGAUUUUGUAUUGUUAUAAUUAGGAAAAAUACUAAUCUUUUGUAUGAGUUCAUCUAAAUCUAAAAUGUAAUGUAUAAAUACAAUAUUUAACAAACAAUAAAGAAUGUUAACAUAAUA